AUGCGCUUUCUCACCUCGCUCUCCCUCCUUUUCGCCUUCGCAGUCUCUGCGCUGGCCCUGACUAUCACUACCCCAAAGGAAGAUGAUGAUGUCGACUUCAGCAAGCCAUACACAGUCCGCUGGAGAUCCGUCCCCAAUGACUCCAGCAACUUCACCAUCACCCUUGUCAACACCAACGGCCACAACGUGAACAAAGACGUCGCCACUGAGGUCAAUGGAGACGAGGGAGAGUACCGUAUUGAUGCGGUCAGCGGUGUUCCCCUUGGGGACGGCUACCAAUUCAACAUCCGCUCCACCGCACGAAACAACCAGGGUAUCCUAGCCCAAAGCCAGAGGUUCAACGUGACCAAGGUUGCCCGUCGUACCACGAACGAUGACAAGAACGACUCCGACAACUCCACCCAGACAAGCUCCUCCGACGAUUCCACUGAGACCAACGCUGCCGUUGGAAGCCUCGGCGGCAUGGUCGGAAGCUCAGUUAUCGCAGGCGUGGUUGGAUUCGCUGUGUUGUUGGCUUUGUAA